UGAGAAGUGCGUUGCUUUCGCUUCCUUGUUCGAAAAAAGCCCCCCCUCUUUCUUCUCUCAAGCUUUCUAUGGCGAUUUGAAAACCAAAGUCACAACACAACAACAUAACUCUCAACAACAAACAAUGGCUGACAAGAUUCAAAACCAGCUGAAAGAAGUUGGAUCCAAACUUGAGAACCCACCCGCUAAUAAAGAUGCUCUCAUCAAGCUCUUGAAGCAAGCAGCUGCAUCUCUCUCUGAGUUGGAGCAAUCACCAUCAAAGUCAGUGUUGGAAUCUAUGCAGCCGUUUAUAAAUGCCAUUGUGAAGCCAGAGUUGCUAAAACAUCAUGAUAAAGAAGUUAAGCUUCUUGUUGCAACCUGUACAUGUGAGAUAACCAGAGUAACUGCUCCUGAAGCGCCAUAUGAUGAUGAUGUUCUAAAGGACAUCUUUCAUUUGAUUGUAAGCACCUUCAGUGGGCUACGAGAUACCAAAGGCCCAUCUUUUGGGAGGAGAGUUACUAUCUUGGACACAGUAGCUAAAUAUAGAUCGUGCAUUGUGAUGUUGGAUCUUGAAUGUGAUGAUUUAGUCAAUGAAAUGUUCAGAACAUUUUUCGCUGUUGCCAGUGAUGAACAUUCAGAGACUGUUAUCACAUCAAUGAAGACAAUCAUGGUGGUUCUUUUGGAAGAGAGUGAGGACAUUAACGAGGACCUUUUGCUCAUUAUUCUGUCGGUUUUAGGCCGAGAUAAGAAAGGGAUAACAACGGCUGCAAGGAGGCUUGCUAUGAAUGUUAUAGGGCAAUGUGCCGGAAAACUUGAACCUUGUAUAAAGCAGUUCAUUGUACAAUCAAUGUCAGGAGAGAGCAGUCCUUUGAUUUCUCAGAUUGAUUACCAUGAAGUCAUCUAUGAUGUAUACCGCUGUGCUCCUCAGGCCUUAGCAGGAAUCGUACCCUACCUAAUCGGGGAGCUCCUGACAGAUAAAAUAGACCUUCGCUUAAAGGCGGUCAAACUGGUGGGAGACCUUUUCUCUAUCCCAGGAUCUAGCAUCCCUGAGACAUUUCAGCCAAUCUUUUUUGAGUUUUUGAAGAGGUUGACUGACAGAGUUGUUGAGGUUCGGAUGUUGGUCCUUGAGCAUGUCAAGCUUUGUAUGUUGUCCAAUCCUUCCAGAUCAGAAGCUCCUCAAUUGAUCGCUGCCCUAUGUGACCGGCUGUUGGAUUAUGAUGAGAGCAUACGCCAAAAAGUGGUUGCAGUAGUUUCGGACAUAGCAUGUCAUGAGUUAUCUUCUAUUUCAGCCGAGACCAUAAAGCUUGUAGCUGAGCGACUUCGUGACAGAUCUCUCCCAGUGAAAAAGUAUACCAUGGAGAGGCUAUCUGAUAUAUACCGGACUUGCUGCUUGAAGCACAUGGCUAGUUUGCCUCUGAAUGAUGACUAUGACUGGAUUCCUGGACGACUUUUAAGAUGCUUUUAUGACAAAGAUUUUAGAUCAGACACAGUUGAACACAUUUUAUGCACGUCCCUCUUCCCAGCUGAAUUUUCUGUCCGAGAUAAGGUUAGAAACUGGGUCAGACUAUUCUCGAAAUUUGAUAAAGUCGAAGUAAAAGCGUUAGAGAAAAUACUGGAGCAGAAGCAAAGGUUACAGUUAGAGUUGCAAAAGUAUCUUUCUCUUAAGCAGAUGUAUAAGGACACUGAUCCUUCAGAGCUGCAGAAGAAAGUCGCGCUAUGCUUUCGCUUUAUGUCUCACUGUUUCACAGAUCCCACAAAAGCUGAGGCAGAUUUUCAGCUUCUCCAUCAUCUAAAGGAUGCUAAUGUUUGGAAGAUCUUGACAUUGCUACUUGACCCCAAUACUAGUUCUCUUCAAACUUGGAGAUCUCGGGAUGAAUUGCUUAAGAUAGUUGGUCAGAAGCAUCCACUUUAUGGAUUUCUGAGCACUCUCUCUAUGAAAUGCUCAUACAUACUCUUUAACAAGGAUCAUGUUAAAGAUAUUCUUCUGGAGGCAGACCUACAAAAAUCUUCCAGAAACAGACUACUGACUCAGUCGUGCAUGAAUAUACUUGUGAUCCUUGCCUCCUUCAGUCCCUUAUUGCUCUGUGGGACUGAAAAAGAGUUGGUCUAUCUUCUUGAAGAUGAUAAUGAAGUAAUCAAGGAAGGUGUUUUGCAUGUUCUAGCAAAAGCUGGUGGAACAAUUCGUGAACAAUUGGGAGAAUCAUCUAGUACAUUAGAUCUCAUACUGGAGAGAAUAUGCGUAGAAGGUAGUAGGAGGCAGGCCAAGUAUGCUGUACAUGCCUUGGCAGCUAUAACGAAGGAUGAUGGGCUCAAGUCACUCUCUGUUUUAUACAAGAGACUUGUGGAUAUGCUAGAGAAAAAGACACAUUUGCCUUCUGUGCUACAGUCUCUGGGUUGCAUAGCACAAACUGCCAUGCCAGUUUUUGAAACUCAAGAGAGUAAAAUUGAAGGCUUCAUAAGAAAAGAUAUCUUAGGGUGCAGUGAGAACACAAGUGAAAAAACAAAAGAAUCUUGGAAUGAUAGAAGCGAACUUUGUUCAUUGAAGAUAUUUGGCAUUAAAACCCUGAUAAACAGCUAUUUGCCUAUCAAAGAUGCACAUCUUCGUCUUGGGAUUGAUAAACUGAUAAAAGAUCUCCAGCACAUACUUUCUUUUGGAGAAAUCUCAAAAGAUAUUAUUUCAAGUUCUGUUGACAAGGCUCAUUUAAAGCUGGCUUCAGCAAAGGCUAUUCUUCGUCUGUCAAAGCACUGGGAUAAGAAUAUCCCUGUUGAUGUAUUCUACCUCACCUUGAGAACUUCAGAGGUUGGAUUCCCUGAAGUUAAGAAACUGUUCCUUAACAAAGUUCAUCAGUACAUCAAGGACCGGAGUUUGGACCCGAAAUAUGCUUGUGCUUUCUUGUUAGGUUUAGGAUCUCAACAAUCAGUUCAGGAAGAGAAAUCUGAGGACCAUCAUAAUCUGAGUGACAUCAUUCAGAUGUGUCAGCAAGGGAAGGCAAGGCAGCUGUCGGUCCAAAGUGAUGGAAACUCCUUGGUGGUUCAUCCUGAGUACAUUCUUCCCUAUUUGAUUCAUGCACUUGCCCAUCAUCCGUCAUGUCCAAAUAUUGAUGAAUGCAAGGAUGUCAAAGCAUAUGAAUCCAUAUACAGGAAAUUGUAUUUAUUUCUUUCUAUGUUGGCACUUGGAGAAGAAGAUGGCAAGCCCGGUAAUAGUCUAAAGAAGGAAGAGGUUAUUUCAGUAGUUUCUAUUAUUCAAAGUAUCAGGAGCUCUGAAGAUGCUGUAGAUACAAACAUGUCAAAGAACUCAUAUGCAAUCUGCGACCUGUGCUUCUCAAUCACCAAGCGCUUGUUGCAAAAGCAAGAAGAUCUUAAAGAAGCGGUUGUACAUGUCCCUCUACCUGAAGUGUUGUACAAACCACACAAGAAGAAAGAAGAGAAGAAAGAAGAGGAGAAAGUAGAAAAGAAAGAAGAAGAGGAGAAAGUAGAGGAGAAAGAAGAAAGGAAAGCAGAAGAGGAGAAAGUCACUGAAGGCCGGACAUGGUUGGCUGAUGCUAGUGCUUUUGCUCACUUUGAGUCGCUUAACAUGGAUGCUAAUGACAACGUUCCAUCAAAAAUUAUAGAGGAUGAUAUGCUGAAGGACAGUGAAACAGAUGGAAAUGAGGUGCCUCUAGGAAAAAUGUUGAAACGGCUAAAAGCUAAAGGAGCAAAGGAAAGAAAGGCAGUGAAAAAUGAAUCUACGCCAGCUGCUGCAGAAAAUGAUAGUAAUGUUGAUAUCUUGGGAUUGGUGAGAGAAAUGGAUUUGGAUAAUUCAGGUGUGCUGACCAAGUUCGAUUCUAUCAAUGGUCAUGAAAAAGCUAAAGUUGAUGAAAAGCGUAAGAGGAAAAGGUUACCUAAGGAACCAACAAAUGUCUCUGUACCCAAACGUCAGAGGUCAUCCUCUGCUAAAAGCCAUAAGAGAUCUUCUUUCCCAAGGAAUGGCUCAAAGGGGUUGUCAGCUUUUGAUAACAUCAAAAUGAAUGAUGAACCUCACAGUGACUCAGAAAAUAAACUUUUUUUGGGAGAGCAUAUUGAACCUGUACCUGCUGACUUGGAGGGGGGAAGUGCUGAUAGAGGUCAUAUACAAACAGAAGAACAUGGGAAUACCGACGGCAGUAACUUGGAGAAGCCUAAAAAAUACAUGGAUACUGAUGGUAAUCAGAAGUCCGGAUCUGUCAAGAAGCGGAAACGAAGAAGUAUUGCAGGACUAGCCAAGUGUACAUCAAAGGAAGGGGAAAGUCACACCACAGACUUGAUUGGCAGACGGAUAAAAGUUUGGUGGCCUAUGGAUAAAGAGUUUUAUGAAGGGUUGGUGAAGUCUUAUGACCAUCAAAAGAGAAGACAUGUGGUGCUAUACAAUGAUGGGGAUGUUGAAGUGCUACGUUUGGACAAGGAGCGGUGGGAGCUUGUCGGCGAGACUUCCAAGCCUACAAAGAGGAAUAGAUUAUCAAAGAGUCCACGCCCUAAAGGAGGGUCCUCCAAGAAGAAUACUAAAUCUUUGGAUAAUGCCAAGGAAAAAUACGAGGAAUUUACUGACAUACCUCCGUCGUCCAUGGUAAGAGGCAAAAGAACCCCAAGAAAAAAUUUGAAGCAAAGACGAAAGGGGGUUUUCCAAAGAACCCUUGAAUAUUUGGAAGCAGAAAGAAAAGAGGAUCCUGAUAUGACGGAACCUGAGCCUGAGAGUGAACCUGAGCAUGAGCAUGCCACAUUCUCCAAAGUUGAUAAUUUAGAUACAGAAGAAGAGGCAAGCGAUAGAGAGGGAGGAAAUUCAGCAGGUGAGCAGGAGUCAGAUGAGGAGAAGCAAAAUAAACAUGCGAAACAUAGCUUCAGUGAUAGUGACUCCUCCAAGGAAAUUGAACCUGAUUCUGGGCAGAAAGAAACUGAGAAUGUUGAGAGAUCAGGAUCUGAUGAUGAAGAAGAAGUGAAAGAGUCGCCAAGUGCGACAAGGGAAAACUCAACUGAGGAAGCAAAUAGAUCGAGCCAGGCAACGGAUCAUGAUAGGAAAAGUUCAGAAGAUUCUGAUGAGGCCGAGUUCUCUGAUGACAUGCCUCUUGGUGUAUGGAAGACUCAAGUUAGGAAAGCAGAUGAAAGCAAAUAGGUUUUUGAUAGACUGAUGGCAUAGGCAAGAAUGAAGAUGACCACCAACCAAUAAAUGGGAAAUAUGGUGUGUAGCACAUAAUCUAUGUUAAUGUGCAGUGAUGUAUGGUUCUUGUUUUGAUGAAUGUACAGAUAUAGUUGACAUGUGGUGGCUCUAUUCUUUCGUUUUGUGUAUGUAGUUUAGCUUCUUAAUGUAUACACUACUAAUGAUAGAUAGUAUUACUACUAUUAGUAUUCAUCAAAGCGAUACAUAGAUAGAUAGGUACACUUGCUCUUGAAUCUUGAUGUGUACUCUACGCUGGUCGUGAAUAUUUUUUAUUAAGGGAAUUCCAACCAUUGCCUCAUUUAGCAAAGAGCGUGAGCAAUUUA